AUGAUUUCCUACUAUGGCUGCCUCACCCAGAUGUUUUUUGUUCAUGGAGUCUUUGCCACAGAGUCAGCUGUUCUGUUGGCCAUGGCUUUUGAUCGCUAUGUGGCCAUCUGCUGUCCACUUCAUUAUGCAUCCAUCCUCAAUGCCACCAUGAUUGGGAAGGUUGGUGUAGCAUGUGUGAUUCAUGGUCUUCUCUUUGUUUUCCCCUUUGUCAUCUUCAUUGAAAGCUUACCCUUCUGUGGAGAUCGCAUCAUUCCCCACACCUACUGUGAGCACACGGGCAUAGCCAAGCUUGCCUGUGCCAGCAUCAAGCCCAACACCAUUUAUGGUCUCACUGUGGCACUUUCACUCACUGGCAUGGAUGUGGUCCUCAUUGCCACCUCUUGCCUCCUGAUCCUGCUGACUGUGCUGCACCUGCCCUCUAAGGAUGCUCAGCUCUGA